UUGACUUUGAAUUAUUUGACUGUAUCAAUAUAACUGGUAAUGACUGUAGUCUCAAUGAAUCGCUAUUUGACUAACAAUGCCAGCUAAAUAAACAAUUUUCAUAACCAUGAAUUGAAUAAAUUUACAUUCAAAGAUAUCAUUUAAUAUUUGCUAGCCGUGAUUGUAAUCAAAAGUCCGUGGUUAGAAGUUAAAAUCUUUAAUCAGAUCAUAGUACACAAAAUGGUACAAUCGUUUUCAUCGAAUAAUCAAUCUACAUUGAAAGUUGAUUGUGACAAUAAUUCAAAUAACAUUGAUCCGUGCUAUGUCGAUGAAAAGAUUUUACAAGAAGGUUUGGUGGCUCGAAAUUUGUGUUACGCCAUUAAAUCGGUUGAUAUUUUGAAUAAUGUUGAUCUAAAUCUUCCUCGAGGACAAAUUUAUGGUCUAUUGGGACCAAGUGGAUGUGGCAAGACGACAUUACUUCGCUGUUUUAUUGGCUCAAUUAUUCCUCAAGUUGGUGACCUGUUCAUCUUUGGCCGUCGUCCAUAUGAGAGUGAAUUGGGUAUUCCUGGACCAAAUGUUGGUUACAUGCCUCAAGAAAUUGCUCUUCAUUCCAAUUUAACGGUUUACGAGAAUCUCAUGUAUUUUGGAAUUGUGUACCAAAUUCCAUUUGGUGAUUUAACCAAACGGUGUAAUGAUCUCAUUGAGAAAUUUCAUUUAGAGCCAUUCAAAUCGCAAUGUGUGCGAACAUUAUCUGGUGGUCAAGCACGACGGUUAUCAUUGCUGGUUGCUUUGCUCAAUGAAUCUCCUUUAAUCAUUCUCGAUGAACCAACAGUAGGAGUUGAUCCUGUCUUGCGGGAAACAUGUUGGAAUUAUUUGGCUAAAUUGGCCGAGUUACAAAACUGUACCAUUAUUGUGUCCACACAUUACAUUGAAGAGGCACGCAAAGCAAACAGAAUUGGCUUUAUGAGGAAAGGUAAAAUAAUUGUUGAAGAUGAACCUGGAAGACUAAUGAAUAUCCACUCGACCACCUCGCUUGAUCAAGUUUUUUUCAAAUUAUGCUCUGUAAGACGAAAAAGUACAAUCUGUAAUCCAAGAGAUUUGAAGAUAUUUCAACAAAGAAUGGCCAGAGCUGGUAAAAACAUUGCCCUUGGUCAAUAUCCAUCGAAAAGCUGGUUUCCAACCGAAAUCAAACCUUCAACCGUUUCAGCUUCAAUAAAACAAUGGCUUUCACUUUGGUCCAGUUUAACCCUAAACAAUAUUUUCAAUGAAUUCAGAGAUCCUUUGGUUUUGAGUUUACAAUAUUCUGUCUCGUGUUGGACCAUCUUGCUGUUUUACUUUUGUAUCGGCAAUCCUCCAACAGGUCUUAAACUGGCCAUUGUGAAUAAUGGUUCAUCCUUCAUCGAUAUGGGAUCUGCGUUUAUAGACAGUAUCAAUGGUUCAAUGUUUAUUAAACAAUCCUAUGAUUCUUUUGAUGUGGCAAUGGCUGAUGCACGUAAAGCACCAUUUUGGGGUGUACUUUGGAUUCCAGAAGAUUUCACAGAAACACUCAUGUUGGAUAAAUCGUCACUUAAUACAACAAUUGAAAAAGUAAGAUCAGGACAAAUGAAAAUAUCUGUUGAUAUGGGAAACAGAAUAGUGGCUGGAAUGGGUUUAAGAGGUCUUUUCAAUGCUUUUAUGUCUUUUAUGCUUUCAACAAUGAAAAUGAUCGGCUUGGAUGAAAAAUUGGCGUCAUUUCCAAUUCAAAUUGCUGAACCAAUUUAUGGUUCUAAAAUUUCAAGAGAUUACAAUGAUUUUCGCCGUACAAUGUUUCCAGGUUUUGUUAUUAUUUGUACUCUUACACUGGCCAUGGCUAUCAGUUCAAUUGGGUUGAUUAAUUUACGGACAAGUAAAACAUUUGAAAGGUUGCUUGUUGCCGGUGUUUCUAAGGAAACAAUGUUAACUGUUCACUUUGUCACUCGUUUGGCCCUUCAAAUUCCCUUGAUUUUAUUCAUCAUUUGCUUACAAUGUACUUUGAUUGGUGUUGAUUAUCCUGAUAAAAUUAUUUGGGCUAUCUUUUUGUUCAUCAUUCAAACAGCGAUUGGCAUUGUUUGCGGUAUUGUAUUGUCUGGUUUAUCAAGAGAGGUUGUCGCUUCACUUUAUGCUGUCUCUGGAAUAUUUGUCAUUCUAACAUUUUCUACCGGCGCAAUUUGGCCUCUACAAUCAAUUUCAUCCUCAUUUAGAUGGAUUUUUUACUGCAUACCAGGAACAGGAUCUAUUCAUGCUUAUCGCAGUAUGAUUUACCGUGGUUGGAACUUGCUUCAUCCUAAAAUAUGGCCUGGAAUUUGCAUCGAUUUUGUAUGGAUGACAACCUUAACAAUUUUAGGUUUUAAGAUAUACAAUUAAAGUGAAAAUAACGAGCAUUUUGUUUCAACGAAAACUAGACGCAAAAGGAUUUAAAUUAUCAAUUUUCGUCAGAGAUUAUUCAAUGUGAAAAAGGUUAAAAUGAAGUGAAAGAAAAUAAAGAUUUUGAUGAAAUCAUUUUGAUCUGACAA